AUGUCAAACUUCGGCGCAACUUUCGUUCCUGGAGGGUUCGACGACUACUACAUGCCCGAGGUCGUUGCACCUUCGCCUCAGCGUGUAACGCCCCAGGUCCCUCAGAACAUGCAAAACGACCUUCAGCGCAUGGAACUUGAAGCCCGCGAAGUCGACCCGAACCGCCGAGACCCCAACAUCCAGAACCGCCACGGCCGCGAGCCGUCCUUGUCCUCCUACUCCAAGCCCACCGACCCCGGUGCGCCUGCCCUACCUCCCAAGGGCUACACCAACCCGUCCGCUGCCGCGCCCUCGUCCGACGACUUCAAGCCGUUCCACGAGAAUAGCGCAAGCGGCAAUCAUCAUACCAUGCGGCCCAGCGCGGCCCCUUCCUUCUCCCCUUUCCCCAAGGUGAAGGGCGACAACAUACCCCCCACAGAUGAGGAGAAAGAGGAGAUCCUGUGGAACGCCCGCGAGCAUGUACUGCACUCCAACAAUGUCUCCAUGCAGCUUUCCUGGGCUCGUGACACCUUGGCCUGGGCUGAGAUUGUUGCUGAGGCCAGGUCCAAGGACCCGGAGAGCGGUCGUCAAACACCAAAGGUUGAGCACGAACUGCGCACCGAUGCACUCAACAUUGUCGAAUACCUGGUUGGUCAAGAGCAUCCCGAGGCGCUCUUUAUGAAGGCAAAGUGGCUCGAGUUUGGCAAGUUUGGCUGCCGUCCCGACAAGAGAGAUGCCUACUCAAAGUACACGCGCGCUGCAGAGCUUGGCUACGCGCGUGCCGAGUACCGGCUGGGCAUGUUGUUCGAGAACUCCAACGACUAUAGCAAGGCCGUUGAGCACUACUACCUAGGUCUGAGGCUCAAGGACUCGGCGGCUAUGUACCGCUUGGGUAUGAUGAGCCUGUUGGGUCAGCACAAUCACCCGAAGGACUACCAGCGCGGCUUGGACCUUAUUAGGGAAGCUGCAGACCUCUCUGACGAGGAUGCGCCUCAGGGAUCAUACGUCUACGGCAUGCUCCUUGCAAAGGACUUGCCCGACAUUGAGGUUCCUGACGCGUUGCUUCCCGUUGACCUGCCGCUGGCCAAGAUGUACGUCGAGAAGGCGGCCUACCUCGGAUUUGCCAAGGCGCAGCUUAAGAUGGGCCAGGCUUACGAGCUUUGCCAACUGAGCUGUGAUUUCAACCCUGCCUAUUCGAUUCAUUACUACGGUUUGGCAGCUCAACAGGGUCAACCUGAGGCUGCGCUUGGCGUCAGUCGUUGGUUCCUGUUUGGAUACGAGGGCAUCUUCAGUAAGAAUGAGCAGCUCGCCUUCAAGUACGCUCAGGAUGCGGCCACCGCGAAGCUUCCCACGGGCGAGUUCGCCAUGGGCUACUACUACGAAAUCGGUGUCUACGUUCCCAAAGAUCUGCGUCAAGCCAGGUUCUGGUAUGAGGCCGCUGCAGACCACGGCAAUAAGGAUGCCGUCGGAAGACUCGACGCCUUGGAUCACUCUAAGAGCUUGACCAAAGCCGACCACGAGACGACCACUCUUACGAGAAUCAAGUCGCAACACGGAUCUCAGCGCGGCAAGCGACCGGACCGUUUCAAGCAGCCUCAACAACAGAUGCCUACCGUCUCGGAGAGCGCACCAGUCACACCAACCGACCCCGGAUAUCCGACGAACACCUCCGCAAAGACGUCACCUCAUCCCUCACCGAGAGCUCACCCAGCUCAAGACACCGUCGAUUACCCGGAUCCCUCGCGGCCUAACAGCAUGGGUAAUAGACCCAAUGCAUUUACCGUCAACCUCGAUGCCAACUUGGCAAUAAGACCCAAGUCUGCUGCACCAUACCCUGAAGAUGAUAGGCCGGCGCCCCUCAACCUGAACAGACCCAAGUCAACGGCUCCUUACCCUGAAGACGAUCGGCCAGGCCCGCGACCUGGAGCUGGCCCGCAGCUCUCUCCUCACUACAACACGGGAGGUCGCCCUCCAGCCGCUCCCCACUCUGAUCGCCCUGGCAGUGCUUUCGGAAUUCGCACUGGUCCAGGCGGCCCCCAGGGCAUGGCCGGCAAUGUCCGCCCAUCCCAGUCAAUGAACAACAUGAUUCCUCCUGCCGGUGCGGAUCCCAGGGGCCGCCCUAUGACGGGAGGAUGGGAUCAGUCCGGUUACCGCCAACCGAGCCCUGGUUCGGGCCCUGGGUCUCGACCCGCUACGACACAGCCCUAUCCGGUGUCCCCCGGACUCCCCUCGAAUCCCGCCAUGAACAAGCUCACCAAGCAGAACACUCAACAGUUCGCCAAGCCCCAACCCUCACCUCCUUUCCAGCAAGGAAGCUACGGACCGAGCGACUACGGUCAACCGGCGCAGGCGCAAGCGCAACCCGGUCGAGACUACGGACCUAGAAUGUCGUCCAUCCCCCCUGCAGAACAAUAUGGCUACGGUAGACCACCCAGCGCCGCGCCGGGCGGCAUGCCUCCGCGAACCGACUCGAUGCCGCUCAGCCCAUCUGGUCAACCCCGGCCUCAGGGUGGUCCCGGCGGCGCUCCCCGACCUUACGCUAAUCGGCCGGAUCUUGUCGAUCAGGGCCCUCCCGGCCGCGUCGGCAGUGCACCGCCCUCUUCUCAGCCACGACCCCAGCAGAAGCCUAGCCCGGCUCCUAGUGCCCAAACGAUGCCUCCCCCGAAGAAACAAGCGACAGGCCAAGGACCUGCGACUUUUGAGGAGAUGGGCAUCCCCAAGGGCAAGGAUGAUUCGGAUUGCAUCGUGAUGUAA